UAUUGUGAACAGGGCCACGGCUACAUACAGUAUAUUUUUGAUUACAGCUAUUUAAGCCUUUUUCAAAUUAAAAAUAUUAUUUUUUUUAUAUCGACGUAAAAAAUAUAUAAAUAAUGCUUACGGAUACAGAUGAUGAUUUUUUCUAUGAAGAGGAUAAAAUAGAAGCAACGGCAAUCGAUGUUAAUGUGCCUCUGCUGCUGCAAAUCGAUGAAUUGCCGCAGCCUAACGUCAAGACAAUGGAACAGCAGCUUGAGGUCAGCAACGUUUCAGAACCAUUUCGCGAACAUUCCGAACAAAAGAAAAUAACUCAAUCCGUGCCCACUUGCCAGAUAAGCGACAUUGAUGCAACCAUUGUGUGCAUGGGUCAGGAUACUGUUGAAAAAUUCAAUGAUAUUAAUAGGCAAAAGUUUGAAUUAGAACGUCUGGGUAUGACCGUAACCACUAACUCUGUUGUCAUCAUAAAGGACCAAAGUAAUUUGAUAGGCAUAAGCAUUGGCGGCGGUGCUCCAUUAUGUCCUUGUUUAUACAUAGUACAAGUAUUUGACAACACUCCAGCUGCUCGUGAGGGUUCCUUGCAAAGUGGUGAUGAACUGCUCGCAGUCAACAGUGUGAGUGUUAAGGGUAAAACGAAGGUAGAAGUUGCUAAAAUGAUACAAGCUGCGUCAACAGAGGUUACUAUUCAUUAUAAUAAGUUACAUGCCGAUCCGGAACAGGGAAAAUCACUUGAUAUCAUUCUUAAGAAAUUGAAGCAUCGGAUCGUUGAUUCAAUGUCAAGCAAUACCGCAGAUACUCUAGGCUUGUCACGUGCUAUACUAUGUAACGAUUCAUUAGUGAAACGCUUGGAAGAACUUGAAGGCACUGAAUUAAUGUACAAAGGUUUAGUAGAACAUGCGCGCCGCAUGCUUAAGGCUUAUUAUGAUGUACUGCAAACGUAUAAAUCAUUUGGUGAUUGUUUUACCCAAGUCAGUGCACGUGAACCACAACAACGUGCAUCAGAGGCAUUUCGUACCUUUGGCGAACUACAUCGCGCCUUAGAGAAGGAUGGCCUAGAGAUUAUUAAGCAAAUUAAACCUGUUCUUGCAGAUUUAGGCACUUAUUUAAAUAAAGCUAUUCCUGAUACAAAAUUAACCGUACGUCGCUAUGCGGAUGCCAAAUUUACAUAUCUUUCGUAUUGUCUUAAAGUCAAAGAAAUGGAUGAUGAUGAACACAGUUUUGCUGCCUUGCAGGAACCAUUGUACCGUGUGGAGACGGGAAACUAUGAGUACAGACUUAUAUUACGCUGCCGUCAAGAUGCACGUAAUAAAUUUGCAAAGCUGCGGACAGAUGUAUUAGAAAAAAUGGAGUUACUGGAAUGUAAACAUGCCACAGACUUAAAUAGGCAACUAAGGAGUUUGCUUAACAGUUUAGCGCAGUUAAACUCUUCUGUUGUUAAACGAAUGGAAAAUGUGCCGACUCUAUUUCCAAUAGAGGUCGACUUUAAGCAAACUGAUUUUGAAUAUAAAUCAAGCACACUUAAACCGCAAGAAAUGGAUGAUGAUGAAGACGAAGUUGCAAAUGGUAGUAGUAAUAAUGUGCUAUCAACACAGUCAACGGAAGUUAUCUGUGGUAUAGAAGCAAUUGAACAACCAGCUGCAGUUAUAAAUAUACAACCAGAAAUAGAUACGCUAUUAGCAGAUACAGGUAGUAAAGAUGUUAUUAACAAAAUUACAACGAAUGAGACAAGUGAAAGCAAUGAACUUUUACUUAAGGAACUUGGACUUUUUGGAGUUGAUCUAAUGUCAACUCCACAAACUAUGACCAAACAAAAUGAAUUGAUUCCUUCCCAAAAUGGUGUUUACGAUUUUGAUCUGUUUUUAAAUCAAGCAGCGACAACAACCACUUCAGAACUGGAACGUGAUUUAAUGUCAACUAAUGGGCUGGAAACUGAUUUGCUGCUGCAAUGAGACCACAUAUUUCAUAAAUGAGCUUCAUUAAUUGUAGAUGCCACAAUGUAUACAAACGGAAACGGAAACGAUAACCGAUAUCACCUCAGUUGCCUAAUUUGUAUACAAAUACAAUUAGCUUCAAAAAUUAACAAUUUUAUAGAUAGUUCAAUUUAUAGAUAGUUAAUUUGUAAUUAGUUUGUAUUUUUCGGUGAAGCUGUACAUAUUUGAUAAUUUUGUC